UCACAACUGGGUGGGGCUCACCUCGACGAUACACACUUUGGGAUAGAAAUACAGUAAACUCUCCCAGAUGCAGGAUGUUAUCUGUGAACAUUGCCCUCCCUGGUAAAACAGUCCGAUUCUUUCCCACUGGGUGAUAAAAAAUGAAUCGGCGUUACAUAAAAGUCUGUCCAACAGUAAUUAAAAAACAUUUCCUACCUUUCCAGCCUCAUUCGUUCCAUGUUCUUUCCAGUGUUUAUUAACCUCACAUUGUUGACAGCGGCUUAACAAUAAUUGGGUCUUAAAAAAUUGAAAGAAAAGCCGCAUACAAUAGAAUAAUUCAGAAAAACAUAAUUUUGAAACAUGAAUCUAUUGCCGAAGUGUCACGAAGAGUUCAGUAAAGCCGAUUACUGGAAUACAUUCUUCAAAAAACGAGGGAAAAAAGCAUUCGAAUGGUAUGGGGAGUAUCCGGAAUUAUGCGGACAAUUAUCCAAAUUUAUAAAGCCUAAAGAUGAUGUGUUGGUCGUCGGCUGUGGUAAUUCGACCCUGAGUAUGGAUUUGUAUGAUGUUGGAUACAGCAAUGUAACAAGUAUCGAUAUAUCAAAAAUAGUAAUCGACCAGAUGAGGGACAAAAAUAGGAUAGAUCGUCCGGAUCUAGUAUUUGAACAGAUGGACGCAACACAGACCACAUAUUCAAAUGAAAAUUUUUCGGUCGUACUGGACAAAGGAACUCUCGACGCUCUCAUGCCUGACACCAAUAAAGACACUAUUCUCAGGAUAAACAGGUUUUUCGACGAAAUAUCAAGGGUACUGCGAAGAGGAGGAAGAUACAUAUGCAUUUCCCUUCUUCAGGAGCAUAUUCUCAGAAAAAUAGUAGCUUACUUCUCCAGCCCAAACUACAUGCUUCGUAUAACCCGAUGCCACGAGGCAGAGAACAAAACGAGAGAGCAAGAAGGCAGUGCAAUACCAGUUUUUGUUAUUAUGGCAACUAAAUUUCCUGGGAUUACGCAGAAAAUAUUGGAAUUAUCCCUCACAGACGGUCCCCCAGUUCGAAUAUCCACGCCAGAAGAAUUCAUAAACUCCGUUCUAUCCGUUCAACAAUCUGCCCUGGUGUGCGAUAGACUGCAGAAAAAAAGUGUGGCUGACGUUGGGGAAGUAAAUUUGGAUUUAUACAUACCUGGAAAUGACAGUCCGAGGUACACGAUUUAUGUCCUCGAUCGACCCUCCACAAAGGGGAAGAGUUAUGCGGCUUUCCUGGUGCCUCAAGGCCGAGACACAGACUGGUUGUUCGGAACCCCAGAAGGAAGGAGGCAUUUUCUCUCCAGCGUAGACAAAGACCGCGUGGCAAUCGUAAUCCUCCGUCGAGAUCACAAAUUCUCAGACUGGGACCAGGUGAAAGCCGAGUUAGGGCCGAGUAUAAAGAACCUCUCGCCCCCAGGCCUCCCCCACAAUUACAAAAUCGACUACCUGUCUCUCGGGGUUGACGUCGGCAGGCGAGAGAUUCUCCACGAAGGCGAGAGCAAGUUGAGUGGAAAAUUCGUCAUCGAGGACGUGCUAGACGACGACGAGAAGACGCGAUCCCGUCGUCUGGUGUUCCUCGACAAUCAGUUCGUGGUCCAGAGUGAAGCCAAAAUACGAUCCAUCAAGACCAGGAGGGGAAAGGUGAAGAAUGUCGUUGAUCCUGGGGCUCUGGCCUGUGAACAUCACGCCUUCAUGUCAGUGGGGGUCAACGAAAUACUUCGGAACAAGACUGACGCUGAGAUUCUAGUCGUGGGGUUGGGAGGGGGUGGCCUCUGCCUCUUCCUCCGACACUGUUUUCCCAUGCUGAGGGUCACAGCUGUCGACAUCGACGAGAUGAUGCUGAAGAUCGCAACUGAGUGGUUUGACUUCGUCAUUGAUGAUAAGAUGAAAGUUGUCAUUCGUGAUGGAGUCAAAUUCCUGGAAGAGACUGCCAACGGGGGGAAGAAGUUUGACGCAAUUUUGUUCGAUGUCGACAGUAAAGAUUCCUCAGUGGGGAUGAGUUGUCCACCGCAACAAUUUCUGGGGAAUUGUGUUCUGAAUAAUGUCUCGAAAUGUCUGAAUGAAGAUGGGCUUUUUGUUCUGAAUUUAGUCUGCAGGAAUAAGCAACUCAGACCGGGGGUUCUUGAUGAUCUGAAGAGAACAUUUGUGUCCAUAGCUUCGAUGAAAAUGGAGAAUAUUGUUAAUGAGAUUCUGAUGUGCUCGAAGGUUACGAAGAACGAUGAGUGGACGAGAAAUUGGAAAACUUCGGCUGAACAUUUGAAUGAAAUUGUGAAGAAGAAAAAACUGUUGAAUUCUGAUGUAGUAGACGUUACAGAACUCCUGGAUGGUUUGACGAUUGAAUCGUAGUGUAGAAAUCUAUGUUAGAAAGUUAUAUUUUGUGUGAAGGGAGAUGAAUAAACAGAGUCAUUUAUACA